AUGAGACAAGACGAUCUUGACCAAGGAGCGAAUGGACUGGGACUAAGUGUAGCUCAACAGAAGAUCAGCUCCUCCGGGUCAGACCAUGGUGAGCGAGAUGCUAGAUCGCAAGGAGGAAGAGGAAGAGGAAGAGGAGGAAGACGCGGUCGGCAUGAUGAUCCCAGGGUCCAGUUGUCGAAACGCCUGACCUAUGCCCUCCGGCACGGCGCGGAGAAGCUCGGUCUCCGCCUUCGCCCCGACGGUUUCGUGAGUCUGGACGAGCUCCUCAGCAAGCCGAGCUUUCGCGGAGUGUCGAGAGAGCAGGUGGAACAGGUGGUUGCGUCGGACGAGAAGGGCCGCAUGACCAUCGCAACCUUCCCGGUGUCAGGAGGAGAGGCGGCGGGCAGCGCCAGCGCUUGUGCUGACCCUGGCGCGGCCACGAACCAGGCCGUCUUCAUUCGAGCUAACCAAGGCCAUUCCGUCAAGGGGGUUAUCGACGAAGAGAAACUCCUUACAAGGGUCGAGGACGCGGCCGAUGUCCCUGUCUGCGUGCACGGCACAGACCGCAAGAGUUGGUCCAACAUCCGAGAGGAGGGGCUCCGUUGCAUGAACCGGACACACAUACACUUCGCGGCGGGGCUGCCCGGAGAAAGCGGGGUCAUCAGCGGCAUGCGCAAGGCCUGCAAGGUGUUGAUUUACGUGGACGUGGCCGCGGCAAUGUCGGACGGAGUCGCCUUCUUCCGGUCCACCAACAACCCGGCAAGAACGGCACCCUGGAGCCAAGGUACUUCUCCCGCGUUGACGGCGCUACUGCUACCGCGGGCGAAGACGCUUCGAAGAACGUCACGCCUGACAAGCAUGAUGCAACUCCGAGGGAUGCCCCGCCGCUGCCACCGGGGAAGGGGGAAGGAGGACCGACCAAGGCCAGAUAAUGUUCGUGCUCGGGAAAAGAAAGGGAAAUGGAACGGGAAAGCGAAUAACACCCACCCCCUCCCUUGUGCUGUUGGCAAGUUUGGACCGAUGGAAGUAAUCGAAUUCCCGACGGUGCUGCUAGACGCACAUUCUCUCAAAGUGCUCGACGAGUUUCGCGUCUACGUACGUCCUGUCCGGCACCCCAUCCUCACACCGUUCUGCACUAGCCUGACAGGGAUAGAACAGUCCACCGUGGACGGGGGAGUUCUGUUCGAGGAGGCGCUUUCACAACACACGGAGUUCUUGCGGCGCAAUUCGUGCCUUCCCGGCCAAGAACGGUCGUGCCUCUUCGUAACAUGCGGCAACUGGGACCUCAAGACCAUGAUGCCCGCGCAGUGCAAGCUCAUCGACGCCCCGGUGCCUCCGCACUUCAACAGCUGGGCCAACAUUAAGGAAGUUUUCAGGGACGUGAUGUACCGAGCCGCCCGGCAGUCUCAACGCCGACCCCGUGGUGGGAAGGUGGGCGGCAUGCCGGCCAUGCUCUCUGCUCUGGGCUUGGUGUUGGAAGGGCGGCACCACAGCGGGUUGGACGACUGCAGGAACAUCGCUAGGAUAGCGAUAGAGCUGUGUCGCCGAAGCAGGCGACAGAUACAAGCAACCGCUCCCUGGAAUACCGCUGCUGGCCGCAGGUGGUAG